UCUACGAUGUCUAAACCAACCAAGCGGGUGGCUCUGGCGCUGGUUUGCUGCCUUCUUCUGUUAAAUCAGUUUGAUUUCUCAUUUGGGGAAACAUGCGGUAACGGAACGUUCAGUGACUGUGCCUCAGCGUGUCCUGGCGGAUGCAGCAGUCAAUUGCGACGAACAACCGGCAAAUUUCGGGUUAAACCAGAGGUUCUCUGCAUGGACGUCUGUAGAGUUGGCUGCGUCUGUUCUUCUGGCUAUGUUCUUAAGGAUCCUUCGCGUUGCGUCUUACCACAAGAUUGCUAGAUGUCCUCCGCCUUUUAUAAUCAGAUCGGAAACCUCCGCCAGGAGGGUCAGUCUACGGGAUGGACGUCCAUCAGUGGAAGACAGACAUGGCCGACCAUCUCCAACGUUGACCCCUUUAACACCCUGUAUCAAACAGAUUUCAGAUCAAUAAAACAAUUACUGAAAUAAGAGUAAA